CGUCCUCCGAGAACGCGUAACCUGGCACAGGAACGACGGAAGAGAAGUGACGACACAAAGCACACACGGUCAUUUGUACAAGGGAGAAACUCGGCGCGUGCACCUUUAACUCAACCUGGAAUUACAGUGCACCGCGUGCUGUGCCUUUAAACUCCACCCCCAUGACGUCACGUGUAUUUGGCAGGACAAGAAAGAGGUAGGAAGGACUGACGGAGUGACGGAGUGAGGCGGUAAACGGGGUGUCUGUCCGUGAUGGAGGCUUUAGGGAGGAUGACGGUGACAGCGACUGCGGCGUGGCGGAGGAUCCGCUGCUCUCGCGCAUCCGCGUGAAACCCAGUGUCAGUCAGAGAGAGAGCGCGCGCGUGAGAGGCGUGAACAUGGCCGCGGUGCUGUGCGGUGGAGGAGGAGGAGGAUGCGGGAGCGCGUGCUUGCAGGUGCUCCUGUUCGGCUCAACCGCGCUCGUGAUCCUGGCGGAGAGAACCGCGCUGAUCUGCUGCUUUGCCUUCUACCUGUGGAAGGAGCAGUUGUUGUGGGCGGGGCUGACCUUUGCCCUGUUGUUGCCAGGGGCGAUCGUGCAGGUGCUGAGCUUUAUGUGGUACCGGGCAGAUGGAGAGCAGCGAACAUGUCACCUGCUCAUCAUACACACACUCCACCUGGGCAUCUUCAAAAGGUUGUGGGACUGCAGCGUGUGUGUGUGGCGUGCUCAGUCUCAGGCGCAGCAGGUGAUGCAGCAGGUGGACGCGGCGGCGUUGCGUUUGCUCGACGUUCUGCUCCUCACCCUUCCUCAGGCGCUCACACACACGUACGUCCUCACGGCAGCCGAGUUCAGCCUCACGUCACCAGUUGCGCUGUGUAGCGGUGUGUGUGUGCUGUCCCUGUCCUGGGCGUUGGUGUUGUACAGUCGGGCGUGUUGUCUGGCGCGGCCCGGCCACCUGCUCAUGCUCCCCGCCGCCCUGCUGUGCCAGCUGUUGUGGAGGGCGGGGCUACUGAGCGCACGCUUCGCCAGCCUCGCCCUCUUCGCCCGCUCCUUCGGAUGUUGGGUAAUCGGCGUCGUGGGUUGCCAUUGGCUGAUCGCAGCGUUGUGGUUGGUCUCUCAGCAGACCGAUAUCUGCGUGGGACAGUGCGCUUGGCGUGGGUUCAACCUCAUUCUGGGGGGCGUGCACGUCUUCCUGUUCCUGAACGUGAAGGACGGACCGUCUCGGUACCGCAUGGCCGGCUUUUACACGGUGAUGCUACUGGAGAAUGCCACGCUCGUCCUGGCUGCCUCCGACAUCCUCACCGAGGCAUCAUGGGAGAGCCUGACUGUCCCCACUGCAGUCCUGUGUAGUUUCCUGCUGGGUCUGACGUUUCUGCUGGUAUACUAUCGUUUCCUGCACCCGAAGUCCACGGAGAUCUCCCACACUCUGCAUCACGGAGCUCAGGCAGGCAGCGCGUGUCUUGAUCAGGGUGACUCGUCUUUCUCCCUGGCUGACAAGAGCCUCACUCUUCCCUCUCUCCGUCCUCCGAUCUCCUCCUCCCAUCCCUCCUUCUCGCUGCUGGAGCACCCGGGGAGCUGCGGGGCGAAGGCGGGCGCCGAGUGCCGCCACCACCACUGGCUCCUCGUGCGUCUGGCGCUGAAAACCGGAGACCCGAGCAAGAUCGAGCGGGCGUUCGGCGGCGGAGGAGCGACGGGCAUCGUGAGCGAAGAGCAGGAAGACGACGCGGGAGAGAAAGGCGGAAGAGGAGGAGACGGGUUGGACGUCAAGGACGAAGACGACACGCUGGCGCCGCUGUCCGACUGCAAGGACGAGUUCGAGAGCGUGAGCGAGGCGAGGGAAGACGAGGCGGACGACGAGGCGGACGGGGACGCGAGUGCGGAAAUGGACAGCGUGGACUCGGAGUGGAAGCGCAGCUCACCCGAGGGGAAGUCCGUGUUCGGAGACAGCCCCGAACCCGAUUACUGCCCCACCGAGUCCAGCUCCACGCUGUACUUCAGCGCCGACCCACAAUCCCCAAGCAGCGCCAGCGACCCCCGUCCGGAAGUUUCCGGACAUCACCUGACAGGCCCACGCCGGCACCUCAUCCUCUCCGCACGAGGCCUAGAGGACGACACGGGUUUCUGACCAGGUUCAAACGUGGACCGAGCCGAGUUUGUUUAAACGAAUCGCACAGGAAACGCGCUCGCUCGGACUCCGUGUCAACCAGACUUCACUGUGUAGCUGAAGCGUGAGGGCGGCCAUCUCGGACGGCCGGAAUCUUCUUUUUAACUCCGUUUAAGCUCCGCCCCUCAAACUUUGUCCGCUUAUGUCAUUUGGAAUUGCGCUGGUGUUGUUGGAAAAGAUUUCAGUGAGACUUUCGAUUACUUGUUAGCUACGUUACCUGUGCAGCUUCCUUGCAAAACUAAGGAUACAUGUCUUAGCUGAUUGACCGGGAUAUAUCCGUUUAUAUAUCCGCACAAAAAACAACCGCAAAUCAGACGUCUUCUCUUCUCAGUGAUGGCGGGGGCGGGGGCGGGGGGGGGCGGAAUUGCAUUCUCCUUCACUCUGUCGGUAGACGGCACCGAUCAAAUCAUUUGCAUAAAGAUAAACUCCGCCCACCUCCUUUCGCCAACGACCUCUCAGCCUCCUGCUGCUGUAAAUCACCAGCUUUCUUUAAUAACAAACGGCUCCGGGCUGAUUUGUCGCUUUCGCGUUUGAGACCUAGCGAGCGAAAGCUGUACGGCGAAGUGAUGUAAAAUUAGUCGUACGCAUCGUUUGAUCUUUAGCCUAAUCGCCUCGGCGGUUUUUACAAUCGGCGAUAUAUAUAUAUAUAUAUAUAUACACACACAGUAGUCAGGGACGACGCUUCGCCGUUCAGACCUCGUUAUAACCAAUAGGUAAGAAACAAAAGCCAGUACUCUUUAUAAACACAGCGUCAAUGUUUAUAGAUGAAAUGAAAUGAAAUAUCAUGUUACAUACUCGCGUUUCAGUGUCCGUUAAGUAGUCUAGGAAAUUCCAAUAACAAACCGGUAUCUGCGUAAUCGCUGUAAUAUUCUGGGUCCGGUUACGCCGUACCAGUCCCGUAGCUGUGUUUUAUUAAGUGCGACGCGUAAGGUAAAUCGUUUGGGAAGUAAAAUCCAGUCGUAGAUCAGACAGUUGAGAUGACGCGUCCAGGAACGAACCUGAAAGCCGUUCUGACGCACCGUGUAGUGGAAUCGAUCGCAGAGCUGUUUCCGGUUCGGUCUCGGUCUACGGCGUCGCUGAUGCUGUUUUUAUCCCCCGUUUAAAAAACAAACAAAAACAAACACCUGUAUUGAAAUACAGGGGGGGGGAUUAACAUGAACAGAAAUUACCGUCGAAAUAUUUUAGAGAGAUUAGAAUAUUUCCUUUUUCGUUCACAAGAUUUCCUUGUUUCCUCGCGUGCGUCCUGUGUAAAGCCGUGCGAACUAGACGGCGCACUCUAACCUUUGACCUGUUAUGUCGCGCGUCCCCGCGCAGGUCUGUCUGUACUCUGUGACCCAUAAAAUCUCCGUGGCUCAAUCCGGAUUUGACGAAGGUCAGUCGUUAUUACAGGGCUAUAGUCACCGCUUGCUGUAAACAGGUGGUAUUUGUGUAUUCACUACAGGUACAAUCCAGGGACGGUCGAGUAAAAGCAGUGCUCAGGUUUAGAAUGUAAAUAUCAAACUUGCAAAAAAACAAAAACCCUGACAAGGCCAUUGAUGAGCAUUACGUAACUCCUUGUUGGCAGCGGUUCAUUGUGGGGAAUUCUGAUCAGAUUACUCAGUUUAAAGGCUUUUUUCAGAGUGGCUUGUAUAAGUUAUGGAGUCAUUCAGGGAACUCUCAUUGGACCGUUCGAAUUGGGUGAUUAAUCAGGGAAGUCCGGAGCGUGGAAGUGAAUUCUUUCAGGUAACCCCGAACGGACCGUACGUGUUACGCAGGAUCUCUGAUUCUCUGAUGGCGGUCGGCGUGCGCUCCUAUCAGCUGUGCACACGUUGGGAUUUUUCACCCACUCUUCCUGGCAGCUUUGCUCCGGGUUCUUCAGGUUGUUUGGGGUUGGGUGCCGUUUUGUCGACCGAUUUUUCAAAGCGUUCCGCAGGUCCUCGACGGGACUCGGAUCUGGACUUUUGACUCGGCUCCUGUAGAGCGAGCGUUCACACGCUUUUGUUGUGGCUCUAACCUCGAGUCUGGGACGUGGUGUCCUGCUGAAAGCUCGACGCCUGUCCCAAACGUUAGUUUCUUUUAAGCAGAGCCACGAAGGUUCCGUUGUAAUAUCCCUCUGCACUUUCCAUUCGCUCUUAAUUUUGACCAGGAGCGUCUCCAGAGCACGAUGCCGCCGCCACCAUGUUUCACUGUAGUGUUAAUCGAGGUAUGGCCUGCGAUAGCUUUACGCUACACGCACGGCGCUUCGAAACUUAUCUCGAGACAAAUAUCUCGACCAGUCACGUCUUCGGCAACGGUUUCUUCCUAGCCACGCCUCCCAUACAGUCCUCAAGUACACAGAGCGCUUGUAAAUGGUUUUCUGAUGCACCUUCACUCCACUCUCAGCUCUGUCGGGUUUUUCCAGAAUAGUCUCGUCUGGGUAGUGCUUGCGUGGCGGUGUGUGAUGCAGCCUUAUCUUUAUCUUCCUCAGAAGACUCCGGUCUUCAUUUUCACUUCUGUCCUUCAGACCGACCGGCUCUUCAAGAACGGUUCAACUGAGGUGGGGUUGUUUUAUUUAUUUUUUUUAUUUUUUUUAACUCAGAAAAUGGCAGCCAUUUUAAACAUUUCAGAACUGAAGGCCAAUUAUAAGUCAUUUGUGUCCUCGUUAAGGCAAUAGGUGCGUCCCGAUCGAAGGGCAGCUGCCUUUAAGGCCGCAUCCCGUGAUGGCAGCUGUGUUCGGGACAGCCUUCCUAAUCGUCAUCACAUUUACUGUGAUGUUUUUGUUUACAAUAAUAAUAAUUUAAAAAAAAACACUGACAGGAAGAAUAUGCGAUAUUUAUAUCAUUCGCAUACCGAAUAACCGGGCUGAAUAGUAUACUAUAAUCGCGUAUACACGAUCCAAAUUGAUCUCUUGGUAAAGAUUGUGUUAUUCUUCUUCUUCGGUAUAAAGACGACAGGAAGUGCUCUCUGUUUGCUGUCGUCUCCCGUUCCUAGCACAGGCUCCUUUCUUAACCGUACAUGUUGCGUAUUUGUAUAUAUUCAUAGCUCGAUCGCAGCAUUUUUAGAGUAGAGUUGAGGCCAUUUUAGUUUCAUUUAUUGCUAAUAAAAAACUAUCGCAGCUGGCGAUGGCCGUGCAUGGCUAAACGAUAGAAUAGAUGUAGCACGGUGGGAGGUCGGAUAGUGUACGUCUCGCAGCUAUUCCGAGACUUCGAUCGGUCAGCGGAAGUUACGCGUUCGGUUAGAGAUGUCUGAUUGGACCAUCUAAGUUCGGAGAGCUCAGAUUGGACUGUAAAAGUGAUAUUUCCAGUUAGGGAACACUGUUUUGUCUGCGUAAAUUACCGAGGUCUUCAGGGAACGCUGAUUGGGCCGGGUUGGAUCGGACGUGAGGCGUACGGUAAAUCCGGCGGCUCUGAUUGGACCCCGGAAACGUUAUGCAAUAAACUUUGAGAAAUGUACAGCAUACGGACUUUGUUGUUUUCCGCGCUGAUGUAUUUUGCCGCUGUAACUUGUACAACCCCUCACCACUGUUACUGUUCAACUCGCUGUGAAACUGUUUUCCUGUCCUCUGUCGCAGUGCUGCACAGAGCUGUACAGGCCACUUCGAACUCGCAAGAGGUAUUUCGCUGCUGGGUUUAACACGCCCUUGUCGACUUUUCCGUUGUCUUUUAAUUUUAAUUCAUUUUUUUCUAAUAUAUAUAUUUUACAAACGUGCGUAAAGCAGCAGUCAGCACGAACGUGAAGAAAAUCUUGCUAGCAGAAAAGGAGCUAGCUUCUCCUAGCGGUUCUUUUCGCUUCGCGUGACAUUCGCACGUCGUAUUGGAACGACCCGGAAGGGAAGCGCUUGCUUGCUAGCUAUACCUCGGCCAUUCCGCUGAGUUUUUGCGGAGUUUUAGCGGUUGCUAGCGAUCAUAAGUAGCAACCUAGCCGAUUAGCUGCUAGCUAGUUAAAAUGUGAACCAGUCGAAUUCGGUUUCUAAUUUAAAUAGUAAUCCUUUAAAUAGUGAGAAUAUCAGCGAAGGGGUUUUUAUUUUUUUAUUUUUUCUACUUAGCAUCACUCACUAGCCUAUAGUACAAGAACAAUGCUAAAGCUACGCAACAGAAGAAGAGAUUGUUUUACUUUUGGGUUAUUUACUUAUUUAUUUAUUUAUUUAUUUAUUUAUUUAUUUAUUUAUUCGGCUACUGGUUUAAAAGAAAUACAGUUUGUCCGUUCACGCAAGGGUGUGUUAAAAACAGUGGUUUGAUGUUUACAAGGACUACAUGAUGCAGGAAUGUACAUAUCUAAUGUGUGUGUGUGUGAUGAUCCUGAGCAUGGUGUGACACUGACCAGACACUGUUGCUUCAUUUAUUUAUUCUCUGACUGAGAUAUUUAGGAAAGAAAAGUGUUCCACGAGUAAAUAAUGAUCAAUAAUUAAGAGCACGCAGUGAGCGACGAAUCCUAACAAUUGGCUCAAGUGGUUCUUUGGACCAAUCCAAAGGCGUGUGUGUGUGUGUGUGUGUGUGCGUUUUGUUUGUUUUUUUUAUGUUCCGCACUCUCAACCUUAGUUCCUAGUCGCAAUUAGUUCCCAUUGACUGACUGUUUGAUGCACACGAGCCCGGUUUCAUUUCAUCCUGUCAUAUACGACCUCUCGGUAAACGUGUAUAUAGCGACAUUGUGAAACAAAUAAAGCUUGGAAGGAAGGAGAUCGCCGGUGCAUCUUUCGAGCGAACCUAGCUCGUACAUUUAGCUUUCUUUGCUAACGCAACAUGAGUAGCUAGUACGAAUCCGAGCACGUGACAUGUCAAUCAAACUUAAAUACAUUUUAAACAGAAUGGUGCGCAUAGACUGGGCUGCAGGCGAUUAGUACUAUUCCUCACUGGAACAGUAAAUAAAUGAACAGGCCACGCCCACAAGAGCCAAACUACAGUACAGUGUAAACGGAGUCAUCGCACGCAAACCUUUAGUAAAUCAAGGCCUCAGCAUUUCAAGGUUAAAACUCCAUUUAUUGUUCACGGGAUCAUUGGAUGGGUCAUUAAAUGCAAGUGCAGAA